UCAUAUUAUGUAAACAAAAUCGAACAAAUCUAAAAAAUCAACUCAAAAUUGGAAGAAAAUUUCACAAUAAUCCAGAAAAACUAAGAAAACCUCUAUAAAUUACUGUCAUGUUGUGAACCAUGAGAAAAUUCUUACAAAGGGCGAUGCACAAGCUAUGAAUGAAAAAUCUCCGUGUACUGAAAGUCUAUCUACAAUAGUUACGAAUCAUGAACAAUUUGAUGUGAAGGCCGCAAUAAAAUUAGUUGCACAGCUUGAAUACUAUAAAAAAUCGACGGUUGAAAUCGAAAAACAAAUAGGUGAAUUAGAAUUGGAGGUGCACUAUCUUACCGAAAUGAGUGACCAAGCCAAGCCCAGCUACUGCCGCAGUGCAGCCGGACAGAACAUCUGCUUCGCACAACCGAAACCUGGUCCGCCUGUACCUCCAGGAACGAAAGCGUGCGGAGUGUGUCCACCAUGCCCCGCUCCGUGCAACCCAGACGCACCACCAACCCCGGCUGAGAGGGAGGUGGCCAGACUGACUAUACAACUAAAACAGUGCGAAGGACUGUUCAAAGCGAAAGUCACUGAGUGCGCAAUUCUCCGGGCGGACCUUUUAGCCACAAAAGAAGAGCUGGAAAAAGAGAGAUGUCAGCACCGAGAGGUCCUCAACAAGCUGCGGGAGUUGGAAAUGAAAUUCGAGGGUCUGGCCACUCAGACCAACAACAUGUUUGGGAGCAAAGAGCAAGCGUAUGAGCACGAGGUCAGCGUGAGGACGCUGAAGCAGUGCUAUAAAGAAGCCAGGGAGGAGAUCGAAGAGUUGAGGUUACUGAUGAAGGAGCAGAAUGAACAGCUGCAGGAUUACAGAGUCAAGUAUCUGCAAGCUCAGCAGCUUGUCGAGGAACAGAAGAAACAGCUGGACAUGAUGGACAUGGACAACACGCGGAUCAGCGAACAGAUCAACUUGGAGAUCCAGCAAGUAAAGUUGAAGUUCCAAGAAAAGUUGCAAGAGCUGUCUCCACUGCCGGACCUGCUGAGAGCGACCCAGUUGAAGCUGAAGGACGCUCAGCAGUCGCAGGCGGUGGCGGAACACAACGCUGAACAGCUGGCCAGGGAACUACUCAUUUGCAGAGAAAAAAUCCAUGUCCUUCUUCACGAGAAGCGUGCCUCGUCAGCGUCAGCUACGUCAGAUUCGAAGGCGGUAGACCGCGGAGAUGAGAAGCUGAUAGCCUCGCUCAACCAGCGCAUCACGCAGCUCACCGAAGUCAACCAGGCUAUGAAGAAUGAGAUUGAGAGACUCAAGAACAACGUGAUCCGCAUGGAGGAGGCGUGCCUGGCGUCAGACAAGCGUCUCCAGGAGAAGCUGCACGAGUGUGCCGCCCUCGGUGGGGAGCUGGACCGGUGCCGCGACGACGCCGCCCGCGCCAUGGCUCGGGCCAAUGAGAGGACUGACACUAUGAAGAAAUGUCUGCAAACAACGGUAGCAGAGUUAGAGAGGCAGCUGGCCUACGCCAGAGCUCAAGUCAGUACUGCGCACAAGGAGCGCGAGGAGCUCCAAGCCCGCAUGCAGUGCCACAUCAAGCGGUUGAACGAGAACUUCGAACAGGCCCAGUGCAGGAUCCAGCGUCUGACCACGCAGGUCAACGACCUGAGGAGGGCUCCUGGCGACGAUGACGCUGACGAGCUCGACUGCACCUGCAAGAACUUCUUCUCGGAGGUGCCCAACUGAUGAGAGGACCAGCCAGCUGCUGGUCACCAUCGACAUAGUGCUGCUUUAUGCCUAGUUUAACCACAGUCUGUUAGAUCAUUAACACUCCUGUUACAUUGAAAUGUCAUCAAUUAUAAGUCAUCUCCAUAUUAAAUUCUUGACAGAUAUUUGUGUCAAAGGUCAACAACUAAUUCCUUGUUAUGAUCUAACAGAGUAUGGUGAAACUGGGGCUCUCGUGUUUUUAUACCCAAACUUGCUAACAAAUCUCUCAUUCUAAUAGCUACCAAAAUUAGGUUUUGAUGAGUGUUUCAUGCUUUCUAAUAAGUACGAAGGCAGGGCUUGAAUUGUAUAUUGUACUUAAAUCUUUUUCGUAAAAUUUAAUCGUUGUUUAUCUUGCUCAAUUUCGACAAUCU